UAUGCAGUUAGUUGCAUUUUUCUCUGAUCAUUAUUUUUCAGUACAGACCUGCGACUCAUUUUUAGGUCGCGUCCCACCACCUUGAAUACUAAUGCAGGAAGAGAGGAUUGGGUGGUUAUUAGAUCUAGUCGUGAAGUGGGGGGUGUUACAUGAGAGAUUGACUGACGGUGGCUGAUGAAAGACUGAAGGAUUGUGGGUAAGCGGGAGCGAUGUCUGAUUAGAAGAGGUUGUCGGGUGACUGUCACCGAGCUCAAAUUGAUUUCCACCCGAGAGGAUGAUGUGUAACACGCUGACGCUCACAGACACAGGUUAAUACAGCGUGUUCCCGGUUUCUCGGGUGUGACAUAUGGCUUUGGACACACAUACGUGAACUCUGUAGAUGUUACUUCUCUAGACGUUUGUUUUGCCAUCAAGGCAAGCAGAGAGGUCCAUUCGGUCAUUCGGGAACGAUGACCGUCACGUCAUGGCCAAGCACUCCACCAUCUACCCUUCCUCUGAAGCCCUGGAGGCGGUACAGAGUCUCGUCUCCACCGUGGAGCGUGCCCUGAAACACGUGUCUGAUUGGAUGGACCAAACUCAAGCCAGCCAAUCAGAUCAACCAAAUUCAUCCAGCACACAGGAGGAGACGACGGAGGAGACGACCGAGGCCAGCGCAGACGAAUCGCCAGAAGGCAGCACAAACGAGGACAGCAGCUGUAGUAGCAGUCCCAGUGAAGGACGGGUGUUGUGUGGCGUGAUAAGGAUCGGUCUGGUGGCCAAAGGCCUCCUGAUUAAAGAUGACAUGGAUCUGGAGCUGGUGCUCAUGUGCCGAGAGAAGCCCACCAAGACUCUGCUGUCCACCGUCUGUGACAACCUCCCGCUGCAGAUCGAGAAGCUGACAGAGGAGAAGUAUGAGGUACAGAGCUCUAUUCCCGAGGCCGCCAUCUUGGUCCGCACCACAACAGACCCCAAACUCACGCUGAAGGUGACGCUCACCUCCCCUCAGAUGCGAGACGACGACGAGACGGAAGAGCAAGAGAGCGUUGAGUCGAGCGAGCCGGCGGACCUGUUGGAUAGACAGAGGUGCCUGGUGGCGUUGGCCUCUCUGCGACAUGCCAAAUGGUUCCAGGCUAGAGUUAACGGGCUAAAGUCGUGCGUGAUCGUCUUGCGAAUACUGAGAGACAUGUGCAAUAGAGUCCCGGCGUGGGAACCUCUGAAAGGAUGGCCUUUGGAGUUAAUAUGUGAGAAGGCCAUCGCCACGUGUAACAGACCUCUGGGAGCAGGAGAGGCUCUGCGUCGGGUCAUGGAGUGUCUCGCCUCUGGCAUACUGCUUCCAGGUGGACCAGGCCUGCAUGAUCCCUGUGAGAAGGAGCCGACAAACACCCUGUCGGCCAUGACGGAUGAGGAGGCGGAGGCCAUCACGUACAACGCACAGCAUGCUCUGCGGCUCAUGGCCUUUGGGCAGAUCUAUAAGGUCUUAGAAAUGGACCCUCUCCCCUCAAGUAAACCUUCACAGAAAUUCCCCUGGUCAGAUAAAGAAGGUCUAGGGCUGAAGAGACCUUAUGAAGAUGGUCUGCUGGACGACAAAGACCUCAUCAAGAAGAUGAAACGCAACCUGAGAAAAGCAGUUCUUGACAGUAAAGCAAUAGACUCAAAUCAACCCAUGAACGCUCUGAUGCGCUUGAACCAGAUCCGGCCGGGGCUGCAGUAUAAACUGCUGUCUCAGUCAGGUCCGGUUCACGCCCCCGUCUUCACCAUGUCUGUAGACGUCGACGGCACUGUUUACGAAGCCUCUGGCUCCUCUAAGAAGACUGCCAAGCUGCACGUGGCUGUAAAGGUGCUACAGGCGAUGGGUUACCCCACAGGCUUCGACACAGACCUGGACUCCAUGAGUGCAGACGAGAAGUCGGACGGGGAGGGCAAGAGCGAAACAUCUACACACUCGAGCAAUAACACAUCACACUCAGACAGCUCCAACACGUUGGAGGUGCGAACUCAGGGUCCUAUUUUGACGGCCAGCGGGAAGAACCCAGUCAUGGAGCUGAAUGAGAAACGCCGCGGGCUGAAGUAUGAGCUCAUCUCAGAGAGCGGAGGAAGUCACGACAAACGCUUCGUCAUGGAGGUGGAAGUGGAUGGGCAGAAGUUUCGUGGCGCAGGGCCCAAUAAGAAAGUAGCCAAAGCCAGCGCUGCCCUUGCGGCUCUAGAAAAACUCUUCUCCGGGCCUAAUGCUGCUGGCAACAAGAAGAAAAAAAUAAUCCCUCAGAGUAAAGGGGCAUUAGCUGCAGCUGCUGCUGUGUCUGCCGCCGCGGUCCAAGCAGCACGAGGGCGAGGAAGACCCACCCUCACACGAGGAGCCUUCGUCAGCGCUGCGGCAGCACCUGGAUACGUCACACCAGGCUUCGGAGCCCCAUACGGGUACAGCGCAGCGGCCGCCACUCCUGCAUACGGUGGUCUUUUCAUUGACAAUCCCUUUUACCAGCCGCGGACCAUCGCUCCUUUUUUUAUUCACUUGGGUCCUCAAGAUCUCUUCUCUGACUUCUAGAACCAUCAGGUUGUGUGGCUCUAAACUGUCGUACCACUCCAGGCUUGACCAGGCUGUCUCCACCGCACAGAAACGGCCCAAACUUCAUACACUCUCCACCCAAACCCAUCCAUACCCAAUCUAAGGAUCCAAAAACGCACCAAUCUUACAAAAGCAAUACUCUAUUUGACUUGCUCGAUCCGAAAACCGGCCGGGGACUUCGGUUCCUUCUUAUAUAGCAAUACACUUGAACUCUUUUGGGCUUUAAGCUUACUUGAGAUGUGAAUGUUCGGUUGAGUCUUACUCAAACUUGGCAUUGCAAUAUAGUCAUUUUCAUUGUAUAUUCACCACAUGUGUAUGUGUGGCUAUAUUAUAAAUACAUGCAUAUAUAUGUAUGGUCUAUGGCACUAUAAAUAUAUAUGUGUAGAUAUACCGAUGUACUUAUGUAUAUUUAUAUACAGUAUAUAUAUACAUAUACAUAUUCUUGGUAUUGAUUAUUUUAGAAUUGCAAAGUGAUAUGUAACCAUUAUACUAGGAUAUAACUUUCUUCCAGUUUUAUAUAUACAGUAUACAUAUAUAUAUAUAUAUAUGCUAAGCAAUUUAAUCUCGUAAAUUAUUCUUGUGAACAUGCAAUAUGAAAGCCCUUUUCUUAAUCUACCUGUAGUAGAUUAGUAAUGCUUCCUUCUCUCUGACUCGAGCAGCUUCGCCGUCUCUUUUCGCCAGAUCUGUGCGAGUGCGUGCGUGUGUUUUUUGCUCAGUCGACCAAAGUCUGGUGUUCUGGUUGGGUUAAGAGGUUUUCCUCCGAACAUCUGGCCACUGUGCCACCUACAUCCACACCUCACAGAUGUACACGCAGGUCUUUCAAAAGCACAUCCGACGGCAGAUUUGUUUACACUUUCUGGCCGUUGACAGAGGUGCAUACUCGUACACGUAAUCGCGGUAUGAGGGGCAGCUAAUGUGACCCAGUCACUCCUCACUUUCCCCUGCAAAAGCACAGGUGACUCUCUUUAAUGCGGCAUAGGUGGCCCUUCAUUUGCCUUUCCAUUCAUUUUGUCAUUCUUCUCAGGCCUGUUUCACAUGCACACAAAAGUGAUGCAUAUUUGGACGUAUAUAUUUCAGUGCACAUGUUGCAGCAUUCACAUUCAGCAUGAGCUUGCUUUUCAGAAGCGUAGCUGCACGUAUCUGUGCUGUGCCUGUUCUUGCCGAAAAUGUUGAAAAUGUGCUUUGAACGCAGUAGUUUGCAUUAAAGGCUUUUAUACACUGAAAAAGGCACAAAAAUAGCUGUUUCUAUUCAGUAAAUCUGAAUCAAGAUCAUUGAAACAGUUUAUAACUACACUUUGGGUUUGGGCUCAGUUCCAUGUAGAUUAAUUUAUAUUUGGAUGCAAAUGUGAUGUGAUCCUUAUAUAAAUUUUCAUUUUCAUGAUGAUCAGUUUCGUAGUAAUUCUCAGUGGCUAGCUCCCAAUAAGUAUUUAAUAAUUUAUGGUUGAUAUUAAAAGAGAUGCUCAGUGUAGUAACCCAGAAAUCGCUAUUUUCUGGUUAGAGCUGCAGUUUAGCAGAAUCUGUCGUUGUGAAAAUGCAACACGUUUUACUGCAGCGCACACGUGUGUUGUGAAACAGGCCUGUUGAUGCUGCAGCGUGUGGUCGCUUUUUACUUUUGCGUUUUUCUUCAGCAGGUCUGUUGUAGCGCAACUUUAGGCUAUCUAAUUAAUAACAGCACUAAAAAAAACUCCCAGAUAUAAACCACAGAGCACAGUCGUGAAAAUAAGCUUGAUGAUAUUAUUUUAGCUGUGCUAUAUUUGGACUUGAAGCUAUUUGAAGAAGCAUCCUACCGUCAGGAUUGUAUAACUGUAGUCUGAAUGCAUAUCGUUAAGUAAUGAAAGUAAUUUUUAUCAAAAUUUCCUUCACUUGUUACCACCACAUGUAUAAGAAUAGAUCAUUCAAACAAUAUCACUAGUAAUGUAUUGAUGUUUGUAUGUCAAAAUACUUUUGAUAUGUUACUGUGCGUUCAAUAACCAAUGGAAUGUUACAAUUUCUCACCGAAACCCAAAUGUAUAAGGCCCAAAGAUUUCACAAAAGUAGGACACGACCGACAUACUUUACCACCCAGCUACACUGAAUGUGUCCCCUUAUAUAAAUUUCCCCAUGUAUUUAGUCAUAUUUUAGCUGUUGUGUUUGAAUGUGAAAUAUUGUAGCUCUCAAAUAGGAAAAGAUGGGAUAUAAUCACAGAAAUACUACAGAAUAGUACUAGUUUAAUAGUAAUAGUACAGUGGUAGUUUAAUAAAAGCAAUAGUACAACAUGCAUUAUAUAAUAGUUUAAAUAUACUUGUUUAACAUAAUGUAAUUUUUUUAUUUGUAUAUUUUGACUUUUCUUAAAGUGGAAUAUUUUUCAAAAACAAAUUCAUUUUUCUGUUCCCCAACCAGACGAGACUUCGGUCAGUUUUGAAUUAGAGCUGGUAAGUCUUGUAUGGGUAAGUUUUGUGUGGACAUGCAAUAGAGAUUUGAGAGAAAAGCGUAUCAAAAGACCCUGCAAUGACACAACGUUAGAUGGCCUUUAUUUUUCUUUGAGCUUUUACGAAUGAUUGUCAAACACACAAGCCCCUUUCCAUGAUGCCACACCAGCAGUACGCAAUUCAAACGACUGGCAACUGGGAGUUAACGCUAUUAAAGUUAUAUUGAGUUAGUAAAACAGAGGGCUAACCAAGUGUAGCAGAGAAUGUUUUCAUUUUUGCAUCACAGCGAUUCAAAGUCUUCCAUGUUGUUUGUUUAAUUAGUUUGCAGAACAUAAAACCCUUUGUUGGUGAUUAAAGUCAACAUGAAAUCAAAAUUGACCUUCUUAAUACACAUUUUAUUGGCAAAUAUAUAUACAAUAUUUUCUGUAAUGCAUCCGCAAUGACUUUUGGCUAAUGUCGACAAUUUAUCAGUGCUUCUCGUCUAAUUAUCCUAAUCCAGUUAAUUCCUGAUGUAAAAAAAAAAAAUCAACCUUAGUUUGUUUUUCCUGUUUUGAAACUGCCGUUUCACUUGAAAAUACACAUUUAUGUAACGUUUACAGAAGUGAGUUGCAAAUGUAAUUUCAUGUUGACCAAGAUAACCUCGUAAUAUGAUUUCUCACACGUGCUGCAAAAUAUUCCAUAUCUCAUAGUGAGCGAAGAUGAUAAAGGGAUGUUUCAUAAAUCCAAAUCCAAUAUAAAAGCCAUAUAGUUUGUCUUUAUAAACACCAGACGUAGCUGCAUUGUUUUGCUGCAGUGCUUAAAAAGCAUCAGAAUCCUGAACUGCAAAUAUGUCUCUCUUCAUGCCAGCCUGCUUCCCCAGGUGGCAUCGACAGCCAGAUGGUCUUCAUAAAUAUGUUGUGAGGACUCAUAUUUUAGUUCAGUUUAGGUUUUAAUUCUGCUCAUCAAAGUCGAGCAGAGCUCAUCAGCUGUGUUUGAAUCUCAGUGGUCUAUCGUAGGGAGAAGACAUUUGCACAGCUGCAUCUCCUGUGAAAUUAAGUGUGGAGGUGACGUUUGAAAUAAAAUUCCAAUAAAAGACCCAGAGAGGCUUCAGAUCCACAAGAGAACGUCUGACUGAAAUAAAGCAGGCUUAAUUUUCUUGGGAGCCAUCAAAAGUUUUUUUUUUUUUUUUUUCGAUUCUGUUUGGUGACUCAAGUAUGAUGUCACCGUUUGUGGGUGGAGCCUCGAUAUUUGCAUACCACUUCCAUCAACUCUGCUCAGGUAGAUGUCAAAUGCAACAUAGAUACAGCAUCUUCUGCUAUUUUAGCGCUCUUAGAUUAUUUUGUCAGUUAAGAUCUUAACAUCUUGAAGCCAAGGUUCAAAUCCCCAAUUACAGGUUCAAGUCCCCAAUAUCAUCUACAUUAAUCCAGAUGCAUCUUUUUCUCCAUGUUUUGGCCUUCCAUCCACACGCUUUUGUCCGGCGAAAACUGAGCUUUUGAAGAUGCUAUCCACACUGUAAAAAAAAAAAAAAAAAAAAGUUGAGCCAACUUAAAAUUUGAAGGCAACCAGCUUCAGCAGAUUUUUGAGUUUGCUCAACUUAUUUUUGUGGGAGAUUCUUACAUUUUUUAUGUAUAAACUUGAGAGAAACAAGUUGAGAGAACUCAAAAAUCUGCUGAAGCUGGUUGCCUUAAUUUUAAGUUGGCUCAACCUUUCUUUUUCUUUUUUUUUUUUAACAGUGCAAGUGCUUGUUUUAGCAUUGUAGUGUGGACUGUGAAAAGGAGUUAUUUGAAAACAACAAAGCAUUUUUAGUCAUGUGAUGCAUAUUUUAUGGAUAGAUGUCUUUAAACCUACAUUUGCCUGUUGUGUGCUGUUCACUUCACAGUGUUGCUAAAAGAUAAAUGUUACUUGGCACAAUCUUAAUAUUACAUUCCUGCAAAGAUGACAGAAUUUACUCGCAAUUGCUGUGCUUUGGCAAAAUAUGAGGCCAAUCGCAUUUUAGAUCAAACAUAUCAUGGUAAUUGAGUGCAACCUGGACGCACCAGUAAGUGUUGGGGUAUUUUGCAAAUAAAAUAAAAUAAAAUAAAAUGAUCGUGCCAGAAGAAUAGUGUGAGAACUUUAUUAUGUGUGUGGUCUCUUAGUGAGCUUUUAUUAUGUUUUGCACAUUUGCAGUAAUACGAUUUCAGAGUUUUGGAAAAUGCCCGAACCCACCCCCACCCCACUUUGUAUCUGGAUUAAUGUAGCAAAAGGCUCUUCAAUUUAAUAAGAAAUCUAGACUGAAAUCACAACAUUAGCUCUGAAUUGUUGAUUUGACUGUUGCCUCUUAUAGAACCGAUACAUCAUUUAAAAUCUUUUGUGCAAUCAACAUACUGUAUCUAGGAUUUAAUUUAUUGAUAACUAGCUAGAUUAACUGAUUCUGGGGGAAAAUGGCAUUUUUCUUUUUAGACUCUCACUUUGUAACAGAUUGAGGACCAUUAGAUUUAGUUCUAAAGAGACAUUUCCCCACAAACAAACACUUUAUAAUGUUGGUGCUUUAUCAAUACAAGCAGACUACUUGAGUCUUAAUUAUGAAAGAAUUAGGUGGUGGGCUAUUUAUCCUGUCGUGAAGGAAAGGGACUUGUGUGUGGGACUUGAGUUGGAAAUUCAAUUUGCGAACUUGCGAUGCAAGUACAGAAAUAUAGAUCCAGUUUCAGCUUGAGCAAGCUUUGCAAAAUGAAUUGCUGAAGUGAAUGUUUUCUCCACGUCUCCUAUCUCCCCCUGCAUAUAGCUGGGGCAGAUGGGGACGGCCGUCAUUUGAGCUGGUUCAUGCGUGAGCCGGGACACUGAAGAUCCUGUAGACUGAACCAGCAAUAGAGCCAUGUUUAGGUUUGGAAUGUAUUUAUGUAGUAGAAUGUACUUUCAUAGAAGAGCUAACUGCAUCUUUGUAGACACAUUCAAAUACACUGGUAUGAAUUAUUUACCUAUAUUAAAAAAAAACAAAAAAAAACUCAUGUGAUUUGUGUGUGUGCGUGUGUUUUUGUUUUUCCGUGGGUGCUUAUGCCCAUUUUUAUGUUUAUUUUUAUUUUAUUUUUAACUUUUACGAGCAUGGCAAAUCCUUGCUUGCGUGCUCUUCCAUGAUUCUGUAAAUACUCCUCUUGUGUCGGACUGCGAGUGAAAGCAGUCUGCGGGAUUCUCAGUUAUCCAUUUCACAACUUUUAUGUAACUUGACAAAUUAUAUAAACAAGAAAAAUAUUUAGAUUUGAGAUAUUAUAAAGGGUAACAAUAUAAUGUGAAAUGGUGAUUGUGCACAACUUCUGUGAGCGAGCAGUGCUUGAACAUGACAGCAGUAGAUGUUUGCUAGCCGUGGUAUCAAAUUACAAACUAUUAGUUGUGAAAAUACUAUAGUGGUUUGUCUGUCACUUUAUUGCCAUAAUUUAUGCUUUUAAAAUAAAGUGCUGAAUCUCUAAAAAGUGUAAACUUUUUUAAAAAAAAAUAAAUAUAUAAAGACAUUAAACUCUUUUUGAU